AUGCCGGGGUCUGUGAACACUGCAGACGAAUAUGAGUUUAUCAACUACGAGGAUGUGGCAGUAAGCCCCGAAGACGUGGCAAAGGUCCGCGACUGGCUCCAGCCCACAGACUACCUUGCAGACUCAGGUGAGUUCCGCCGCCACCUUUUAUCGCAAGCUCCUGGUACGGGGCUUUGGAUUUGCGAGACGGAUGCGUACCGUAAAUGGCACGAUUCUCCAGACCACGGUAGUCUAUGGAUCAACGGCGUGCCGGGCGCGGGCAAGUCCGUCACGGCGUCCUCCAUCAUCCAACACUUGAAGACAACCGAAGACUGUCCCGUUCUGUUCUUCUUCUUCCGGAACAUCGUCGCGGCCAACUUCUCCCCGCGGGGUCUAUUGCAGGACUGGCUGGCACAACUUCUGCCUUACUCUCCCCGACUCCAGGUGGCACUUCGGGCUCGCAUCGACACGAGCCUGGAAGACAUAUCAGACAGCAGCCUCAUGGAGUUCUUCACUGAUGGCAUAUCAUGUGUCCCAAGGCUGUACUGCGUUGUAGACGCGCUCGAUGAGAUGACGGCCGACAACAGGGCAUUUCUUGAGAAUUUGAACAGACUUGCUACGUACCGCCCUCGAUCUCUAAAGCUUCUCAUUACCAGCAGACCGAAGCAGUAUCUACAGAGCGCGUUACGAGACUCCUCAAUUGUUCACGUUAGCCUCCAGAAGAAACUUGUUGAUCGCGACAUUCUUCUAUAUUUAAAUCACAGACUUGACGGCGUGCUCAGCGGACAGCACCUCGAGAGGGCUAAGAUCAUUGACAUGGUCGCCUCCCGCUCUGAAGGCUUAUUCCUGUACGCCAAGCUUGCCAUGGAUCAGGUAGAGGCCGCAUUAACUUCGUCACAUGAAAUUGGCGUUGAGGAACUCGAAAAGACUCUUCCAGCUGGAUUGGAAGACACAUAUGACAAGAUGUUGCGCAAGCAGCGUGAAGAGCACGGCGUCAGUAUCGAUACGCAGGUUCUUGUCCUACAGGCAGUGACUCAUGCGUCUCGACCGCUGCGUCUGAAUGAGCUCGCCAGCCUCAUUGAAUGCGUCGCUCCAGAAGCCGCACCGCCAAAAGGCUACAAAGCUCUCGUCGCCAAGAGCUGCGGACCGCUGGUAGAGAUCUUGGAAGACGAGACUCUGCAGGUUGUCCACCAUUCCUUCACUGAAUUCUUACGCGGUGAUACUCGGAAUGCCUCCGUAGGUGAAGUAUUGACAAGGUUCCCAAUCAUCGAUUCACCCACUGCCCACAAGACAAUGGCCAUGAAUUGUCUUCGGUACCUCCAGUCAGGCUCGCUCCAGAACGAAGGCGAGUCCGACGUGUCCAUCACGUACCGACAGGCGGCAUUUCCAUAUGCCCCAGGUGAGCCCAAUCCAGGUGGAUAUAUGUAUCUCUGGAGCAUUUGGAGAGGAAAGGAUAAAGAUCCGUUCGAGUACCAAGAAGCGCGGCUACUUCACCCUUUCCUCCAAUACGCUGUCACGAACUGGAACGGCCAUGCUAGCAGAUACGACGCGGAUGACGAGGAAUUCUUCGCGGCGGUUGUGGACUUUCUCAGGCCUGAAAGUCUGGCUUUCAGGAGAUGGCUCAGGCUAGAAUGGGGAGCCACCUCCAGGAGCCAAGACAGUACAGAUGGUUUGCCGACAGCGCUCCACCUCGCAGCAUUCUCUGGCCUAUCCAAGUUCGCUAUAAAGUUGAUCGAGGACGGCGCAUCAGUGUCAAGCUUGGACGCGCACGACCGCACGCCUCUACACUGGGCAGCGGCCAACGGCCACGAAGAGGUUGUCUCGCUGCUCAUCAAGAAAGGCUGUGACCUCAACGCCGAAGACGCAUACGGCAUGAAGCCAAUCCACCUUGCUGCGCGGAAGAACCGCGCUGCAGUAGUGAAGCUCCUCCUUGAGGCAGGCAUCGAGCCUGAUACGAUCAAGACUAAGGAGAACCACCCCGGGCCCAUGGGGGGCAGUGAGCUGAUCACACGAGGGGAGUGUGCCAUUUCUAUUGCGACCAAAGGUGGCCACGCCGAGACUAUCAUUGCCAUGAUUCCUUUCUGCAAGGGGAAGGUUCUGGAACGGCUUCUAUGCGAAUCGUGUCAGCACGGCCUCACAGAUGCCGUGUUGGCUAUCCUAGAAACGACAGAUGUCUCGGCCAACGCUGCCUACAGGAAGGGAACCGCUUUGUAUUUCGCGUGCCGCGCGACCAGCGUCAAGUGCGUCGAAGCGCUGAUCAAGCGUGGGGCGGAUGUGUCCAUGAUGUCGACAUUCAAGCCGAAGAGGGUGAGGCUCGCAGGAAUCAGAGAGCGGGAAAAGGAAACAGCACCGUUGCACUGCCUGAUCAUGUACUGGGAGGAACAGAACGACAAGGACUGCCGGGCCAUUCUGAGGUUACUUCUCAAAGCUGGGGCUGACCUAGAGCAAGUCAGUGGUGCCGGAAACACACCGUUACUCAUCGCUGCUGGAAGUAGUGAAAAUGGCUACCAGUUUCCCGUCCGCAAUUCCGCUCUCAAGGCCUUGUUGGAAGUGGGAGCAGACAUCACCAAAGAAUCCCGGCGAUCGCCCGGCGACUCGCUUCUACAUCUUGUUUUCGAUCGGACCCGAGAUCCCAUCCUUGUGCGGCUCCUGAUCGAGCACGGGAUUGACCCAAACGCGACGGAUACGAGGGGAAAAUCAAUCCUUCAGUGCUGUGUUCACCAGCCUGGCAUGGUAACAAGAGUUGAACAUAUCCUUACCAUCGUCAAGUAUCUGCUUGAUCAAGGAGCUGACCCCAACAUGUCGGAUCAACAUGGAAAUAGUGCACUCAAAGAAGCAAUGGGAUGUGAAGAAUUGGAAAUUUUCAAAAUACUGCUAUCCAAAUGCAAUAAUGACUUUAACAAAAGGCAAUGUUGGUUCCAUCUGCCUUCUGUGUACAAAAUUGAACGAUUUAUCGAGUUGAUGGAGCUGCUACUGGAAGAUGGCAUUGACAUCAACAUCAGGUCAGUGGACGGCCGCACCCUCUACCUUCUCUGUCUCAGUGACGAGGAGAGAUUGCAGUCUAUCCGAGAACACGGGGCCAAGACUGAUGUGGUUGACAACAAUGGAAACAACGCUUUGCACCUCCUGGCUCAAAGCCGCCGCAUCCAGCGUGAGCAAAUGGAGAGAAGGAUUGCGGACGGGGUCGAUCCUCUAAGCACAAACAAGGACGGAUACACACUACUACACCAUAUUAUACCCGAAUACAGCACCAAAGAGGAAUGUGUCACCUAUGUGAGGUGGCUGAUUAGUCUUGGAAUAUGCGUCAACGCUGUCGACACGUCUGGACGCACCAUUCUUCACCAUUACUUGACGCGCGGUUCCGGUGGAGGAACAUUCCCUGAAAAGAACCGCUUCCACUUUAUCGAUGCCAUAAAUUUCGAAAACAAGGUCAACUUCGAAGUCAGGGAUAAGGAUGGCUUUGCCCCGAUCCAUAUCGCGGCCACGAAAACAGAAAUCGAAUUGGCCAAGCUCGUUAGCAGCGGUGCGGACCCGACGUUUCUGACGCACGGCAGGCAAAACAUCCUCCAUCUUGCGAGCUGUGCGCGGAUGCCCGGUAUUGUCGGUCAGAUCCUCGACCAGUUUAGCACCAGCGGCCUGGAGCAAAAAGAUAAUCUUGGCAGAACCCCGUUGCACUACGCUUGCAGCUCAGGAGAAGCCGAGUCCGUAGCAUUCAUGCUCCAGUAUGGCGCCAAUGUGCACGCCAUAGACAAAGACAGCCGUACGCCUCUGCAUGCCUGUGCUAACUUCAAAGAGGAGCAAGCCCUCUGGAACGCGGGAGGCCGACACUAUCAAUCUCUGGCGGCUACUCAGGAAGACCGGUUCCGCCCCGGGGCCUCUCGAAAGAAACAGCAUGGUCUUGGUGUCUGGUAUAACGUUCGCUAUGGAGGCCGACCGAGUCAGAGAAUGCGACGAACCUACUUCCCCAACGUUACAAGCAUCACGCAGAUGCUUCUGGAUGCUGGCGCGGAUGUUGCUGCUCUCCGGGGCGACUACACAGCCUUGGAUGAAGCUCUGGACUCUGGCUGCUGGGAAUUCGUGGAGCCAAUUUUCUUGGAUGAGGACUUGUUCAUGAGAGCGACCAAGCGCCUUGAAGAAGAUUCAGCAUAUUCUCAAGAUGCGGUGGAGAUUCGCCAACGCAUGAGAGCUCAGAUGGCCUUGAUGCAGCCAAGAUCUUGUUUGAGCGGAAAUGCACCGUUCAUGGCCGAGGUAUCAAAGCACCCUGAGUUGUACUUGGACCUGCUUUCACGCGAUGACAUCGCCCAUAUUGCCAAUGAGGCCGUUGAUGCAGAUAUUACUGCCACAUCGAAUUACGAUACCCUCAAAGACCUCAUCAAGCUCGGUGACCUUCGAGUUUUGGAAACAGUCUCUCGAUUGGUGGUUCACUACAGCUCGUAUGAUACGGUCAGAGACAGCCUUAAGAAGGGUAGGGAAGAGUCUGAAUACAAAUACAAAUACACCACGGAAGAAUGGACUCCCCUCCAGAUGGCAUGCGACCAACCGAAGCCUAACAUGCUUACUGUGAGGUUUCUCGUGGAGAAGCUGCAUGUAGAUGUCAAUGCGCCAAAAGCUAUUCUUGAAGACCGCUACAACAGCGAUGACAAGAUAUCACCCGGAGGCACCGCUCUCCACAUGCUUGCCUCAGCGAACGAGUGGUGGAAGCUGGAGGCGAUGAGGUGCCUCCUUGCCAACGGUGCCGAUCCAAAUCUGGUCGACGAAAAGGGCCAGACCCCUCUUCACAUUGCCGCACGCGGGGUGCAGGAGACUGAUCAAGACAUCUCGGGUUUUUGGAAAAUGGAAGCUGUGCGCAUCCUCCUCGAUCACGGAGCCAACCCUGAUAUUAUUGAUAAAGAGGGCCAAACUGCCCUUCACAGGGCGGGUUCUGCACCUGAUGUCAUGGCGGAGCUGCUCCAAAGGGGCGCGGAUGCCACGCUGGGCACGCGAAGCCCCUUGUUCCAGGCAAUCCGUGAUCAGAACCUGGCCGCGUUCGACACUCUCCUAGAUCAUGGUUUGAGUGUUGAUACCCUCGACACCAGCCGUCAGAGUGAAGACAUACACCACUCCCUUCGAGAACCUAGAGUAGUGUACGCUCUCUUGGCCACAGCCUACGCGGAGGAGUUGAACAGCCACGUUCCUGAAUCUGUUCCCUUACUCCGAUCCCUAGUCAGGCGAGGAGCCAACCUAUAUCUUCCUCUCAACGACCGAGAAACCCUCAUCCACUUUCUAUUUGAGUUCCCAGAGUAUGAAGUCUCGGACACGCUCCUCCAGGAGCCAUGUGCAGCCCGGAUCGAUUUCAACCGGCGUGAUCAGCGUGGCCGGACUAUUUUGAUGGCAUCUUGUGCGGGGAGGCAGGACCUACCCGGGUAUAGUUACAAACACUGGGUUGCCAAAGUCACAGGUAUUCCGCUUCGGAUCUUGGACCUCAAGGCGGACGCGACUUUGGUAGAUGACGAAGGCAAGACUGCUCUUCACCACCUACUCGAGAACGCGGGGAUGCCGGAUGAUGUGCUUAUCGAUUUUAUACGGCGCAAGGAGGUGGCUCCUACACUCCUACAGAAAGAUAAGGCAGGGUUCAGCCCCUUCCAUUACGCCCUCCGGAUUUUGCGCCCCGACAUUUGUGAGCUCCUGUUGUCCCUGGGGGCGGAUCUACUAGAGGCUGAUCCAAAUGGCCUCACCGCGCUGCAUUACAUUGCCACGCACUGGUACAUGACAUCUCGUAGGCCCAGCUCAGGACAUAUUGGUAUCGAUCUGCCGCAGGAGUACUUUGACAAGUGCCUGGCGUUGUGGAAGAGGUUCCUGGCUGAGGGUGAUUCAAUCAACUGUGUGGAUAGUUCUGGAAAUACCCCGAUGCACUUGUUUAUGCUUUCACAGACGAGAGAUUGCGGCCGGUAUAGGAGAGACCAAGAGGUUGAGUGCUGCCAUGCCCUCUAUUACGAGAAGCUCUUCCCCGACGACAGCGGGGCAGAUAUAUUUGCCGUCAAUCAUGAUGGGGAGUCGAUGCUUCAUCUAGUCAGCAGAAGUGGACAUGCGUAUAGUGCUCAUAAUAAGCUGCUCUUUGAGGCAAUGGUGCAAAAGGGUCUUGAUCCAUUGAGGGAGGAUGCUCGAGGGAGAAGCUCGCUCGAUGUUGCGAGUGCUUGUCAGAAGGAUGAGAUUGUUGAGCUUUUAGGUAGAAAGUAG